AUGUUUACCAGCAACGCAGAGCUUCUAGAAAAAGGCGAAACUACGGCAGAACAUUCAAAGAACCAGCGCGAGGAAGCGGAAAAACUCGAAGCAGAUAAGACGAGCGAAAAUCCAAAUACCGGUGGUCUAUUUCAGGGUUGUUUCAAGCCGAAACCCCAUCAUGUAGGUCCAAUUUAUGAUGCCGACGACGGAGUAACGAGAUGUCCGAACUGUGCUUGGGAGCUAGAAGAGGACGAAUGUGUGAAUUGUGGAUAUCAUGCCGAGGAUGGCUCGAUUGGCGACUCGGAGGAUUUCUCGGAUAUGACGGACGAGGACGACGAAGAUGAUGACAAUGAGGAUGACGAUGAGGAUGAUGAGGAUGAAGAGAUGGACGAUGAUAUGACAGACUAUGACGACGCAUGGGUGGACAACUACCCGCAUCCAUUACCAUUCCAUGUUGCCCAGCAGUUAUACGAUGAAGCGCACGGCAUGAUUGAUCAUCAUCAUUUUCACCAUCAUCACCAUCACCCGUUGCACAAUCAUCCAUUCUUGCCACCAGUCUGGUUAGGAAAUGGACCUAUAGGCCAGAUGGACGCCUCUUCAAUGACCCAUACAAGCGAUAAUGAGUCGGAAGAGGAAGAAGACGACAAUUCAGAGGAAUCCAGCAGCAACUCAGAGGACGACGAUGAUGAAGAGAUGGAAUCAUUCAUUGACGACGGUUCCAUACACUACGAGAACAGUCAGGAUAGCGAAGGCGGAUACAUUACAGAUCGUUCUACAGUAAUAGGCGAUCGAAGCGACGAUAUACAUCCGGGGACACAUACAGAAUCACCCGGUUCAGAGUCGAGUGGGUCACGUAAUUUUCAAUGGAAUUUUAGUUCCGACAACGAUCCCGAAGAUGAUGAAGAAGAUGAUGAAGACGAGCCAAUUCGCCCAGCGCCCGUUCGGAGACCGGKCCAGAAUGCCUCCUAUCGAAGCAAUCCCAUUUCAAGGGGAUUAUCUAGAACCGCAUCAAAUCCGACAUCAGGGUUUCAGAAUCGUUCAGCCAACGGAGCUUCAGCCCGUACAUUAGGGUUGUCUAGAUCUCACACACAUAGAGCACCAUUAUCUCAAGCACAGGGCCGGGCAGCUGCCGGGACAUCAACCAACAGAGGGGGUUUCGUAAAUCCCAGAAACAAUUCAAUUCCCCACAGUACGGGUGCCGGUUCGUCAGCUACUAACGCCAUCACCGUUAAUGAUGACUCGGAAGAUGAAAUGCCUGUCCCGGCAACGAGGAGAUCGAGAAACAACAGGCGUUGA